UUUGAAAGUCUACACCAGCAAGAGUACUAUGUUGUGGUUAUAAAAAGUUGGGUAUUAAAAAACUACUCAAAUUUUAUGGAUGAAAACUCAAAGAAAUUGGUACCCCUGUCAGCGAAUUUCAUUCAUCGUCGACAUUCGUGAGCGUACUGUUUGUUUUACAUUUUUGCAUAUAAAUUUUCUUCCGAAGGCGUAAAUGCUAAAGUGAAGUUCAGCCAUCAGUAACUGAAGUCAUACGUUAGCAAUUUAGAGAACUCCUCGCUGCAUGAAAAGAUGUAUACAAACGAGGCUGAUAGACCGUUAUUUGGAGAAGAAAGACCUAAGGUUCGUUAUCUUAAUUACACUGUUGGACUGGUAACAAGCCUUUUAGUUCUGGAGACCUUCAUAAGUGCAUUUUUGUUCCCAAGACCAACAAAAGCUCUUCAUGUUUUCCUAGCUAUUGUGAUUGUUAUGGUGUGUUGUUCUGACCUUCUGCUGAUAUACUGGUACAGACAAGGAGAUUUGGAACCAAUGUUUAGGAAGCUGAUUUACUAUAAUUCAUUCACUAUUCUAUUACUAUGUAUUUGUGCUAACUUUAUAUUUCAUGAUAAGUCAUAGCAAAUGAUGCAACUAUUUAAAAGUACUGAUGCAAGAAUACAUACAAUUGACUUCACAAAGUGAGCAAACCAAAA